UUCUUACCGAUCUAAAAUUAACAUUUUUCCAACAUUAGCAAUGUCGUUUUGGACAUUGUACUGUAUCACAUCUGCUGCCUAACAUUAUCUUAUAUAUAUGACGUAUUGCAAAUUAAUGACUAAUUAUGUACGCCAAGACAACCUAUUAAAGAGAAGAAAAAGAAGAACCACCCUCUUCUAGCCGGAAUAUCCAUAAUUCUUGGGAUGUCACCGGCCAGCGGACUGAACAUUCCCCUCCUGCCGGAGCACAGAGCGAAGGAGAAGCAUCAGGCAUCGGUAUCAGGAGCAGUGUUCAAUGUGUCAACUAGCAUAAUAGGUGCAGGGAUUAUGUCAAUACCUGCUACACUUAAAGUGCUAGGUGUAAUUCCUGCUUUUGUGUUGAUUGUGGUUAUUGCAUGGCUGGCUGACAUUUCUGUGGAGUUCUUGAUGAGGUAUACACAUUCCGGGGAGUCUACAACUUAUGCUGGUGUCAUGAGGGAGGCUUUUGGGCCACUGGGAUCUGCGGCUGUGCAAAUAUGUGUUAUGAUUACUAAUCUUGGGUGCUUGAUCAUUUAUCUGAUCAUCAUUGGGGAUGUCCUGUCAGGAAAUGAGCAAGAAGGAUCAGUGCAUUUGGGGGUUUUACAAGAAUGGUUUGGUAUCCAUUGGUGGAAUUCGCGAGCUUUUGCACUCUUCUUCAUUGUUGUUUUUGUGAUGCUUCCCUUGGUCUUGUAUAGACGUGUUGAAUCACUAAGGUUCAGCUCAGCUAUGGCAGUUAUUCUAGCAGUUGUGUUUGUUGGGAUUUGCUCAGUAAUGGCAAUCUCUGCAAUCAUAGAAGGGAAAACCAAAAGCCCAAGGUUGCUGCCUCACCUAGAUAAUCAAGUUUCCUUCUUCGAUCUUUUCACUGCUGUGCCAGUGAUUGUAACAGCCUUCACAUUUCACUUCAAUGUCCAUCCUAUUGGUUUCGAGCUUGGCAAACCUUCUGAUAUGAUAUCAGCAGUCAGAAUUUCGCUAGUAAUUUGUGCUGCCAUAUACUUUGCCAUUGGCAUAUUUGGGUAUCUCUUGUUUGGCGAAUCGAUCAUGACUGACAUACUAGUCAAUUUCGAUCGAAGUUCUGAUACAGCAGCUGGUGCAUUACUAAAUGACAUAGUUAGAUUAAGCUAUGCUCUUCACCUCAUGCUGGUUUUUCCUCUCCUGAACUUCUCUUUAAGGGCAAACAUUGAUGAAUUUCUUUUCCCCAACAAACCACUUUUGUCAAAAGACACAACAAGAUUUGUGUUCCUCACUCUUAUCUUGUUAACCCUCAUUUAUCUAAUGGCAAUUGCCAUUCCAAAUAUAUGGUACUUCUUUCAAUUCGUCGGAUCAACCACUGCAGUCUGUCUUGCUUUUAUUUUCCCAGGUGCUAUUGUCCUAAGGGAUGUUCACAGGAUAUCGACAACGAAGGACAGGAUUGUUGCUCCAAUAAUGAUAGUCCUGGCUGUAGUAACAAGUUCAAUUGCCCUAUCAAGCAACAUAUAUAGCAUGACAAGAAAUAAGUCUUAAGGUUUUUGUUUUUCUUUUUAGCCGCAAGGCAUUUGUACUUUUAGGUGCCUAUAGUUUUGUCUAUCAAUAGAUUGCAACAGCUAAAAGAGGUUUUCAGGGAAUUUAGCAUGUAAACUUCCACCUUGUAAUUUGCAUUUUUCCAAGAUUACCUUACAUGAAGAGAUGAUCUGCUAAUUUUUGACAAAGAUCAAAUAGCUGUAUCCAUCUGCUAGUUUGAUAAUAUAUUUCUGUUCUUCUA